UGUUUCAGCCGAAAGCAUAACAGCCGUAUAGAGACCACCAGUAUGUACAAUCCCGGGUACCAAGUGGAUGUUAUAGAUCCAUACUACCCGCCGCCUGUUGAAGUCAUAGAUGUGAUACAGGGUCCGCCCGUAUACCCACCCACCUAUAUUGUCGAACAGCAACAGCCAACCCAGCCGGCCGUGGUGGUGGUGGAAGAACCGGAUAGACCAAAUCGGGACCUGCAAUGCUGUAUGCUAUUGACAGCCUGCUGUGUAAUGGAGGAGUGUGGACUGUGCGUGAUAUGUUGAAAACUACGAACAAUUAGCUGCAUUCGUUAAGCAAAUAUUCCAAAAUUAAAACUGAUUUAA